AUGGGUUUCAAUGCCAUUAUCGAUAACAACAAACAUAAACUAAUAUGGUGUAAAUCAAUUUCAACAUUAUCAGCCAUUUCAGAAGCUAUAAAUUUCACGAUCAAAAAGAAAUCAUUAUCAUUAUCAGCUAUCAAUGUUAGUAGAACUUCACAUGGAGAAAUCAUAUUUAAGGAAUCAUUUUUUAAUUCAUUUGAAGUAGAUUUUCAUAAUAUACUACCUGAAGGGUUUGAAAAGGAGAUGCUAGAAGAAGAGCAGACGUAUUCGUUCAUGAUCAAUUCAAAACAUUUAGCUACAUUAUUUAGGAAUCUAGAUUCAAACAGUAUGAAAUAUAUAAACCUAAAGAUUCAUUGGUCUAAAACAUCACCAAAUAAUUUGAAAUAUAAACUCUUAAUAGAAAUACUAAACAAGAAGAUGAUCAUCAAGAAAUAUCAGACUGGUUAUUUACCAAUCACCAGAAAGGAAAUUAAAAUAGCAUCAAGUUAUAAGGAUCAAUUUUGUAAACAAGAAGAGAAUGAAGAAUUUAUUACUACUGCUGACAAAAUCUAUCAUAUAAUGAUUGAUCUAAUUAUACCCAAACAAUUUCUAGAGAUGGUUCCUUCAGCAGCUGAAGAUUUUAAAAUUGAUAUUAAAAAUGAAAAAGUCCUGUUUGGUGGAUAUACUAAAGCAAUUGUUAAAGAUAGGGAUUAUAUAAAACAACCAAUGGCAGUUACAGUCACCAUAAGUCUUGAUGAAUUAGCUGACAGUAAUUUAAUAGUACCCGAAUCACAAGGAGAACCACUUCGUAAAUUAAUAAACUUUGGAAUGCGAGAUUUCAAAAACUUUUUAAAUUUAGUUGGUUAUUUCACCUCAUCGGCAUCAUCUUAUGCAGAACAAUUUGAUGAAGAAUAUGUCUCACUAGGUAAUCAAAAUGAUUAUUUCCAUAUAUAUUUUAAAGAAGCAGGAGAUCCCAUAUUAUUUGAUUUACAAAAUCAUCAACAUGUUGAUGUACAAUUUAUACAAAUUACAGCUGGUGAUAAAUCUACAAUACAAGAAGGUGAAAAAGAGAUUGAUCCUCUGACUAUUAAAAAACAUCUAUCAUUGGAAGCACCAGUAAUCCACAAGAUUGAUAAACAACAACCACCAAAAGAAAUUGAAAUUGAAAGAGAGCCAGAACCAGAACAAGAUGAAGUGUAUGGUAAUGAUUUUGCUUCGAGAGAUUCUUCACAAGAAGAACCAUCAAUGAGAAAAUUUACGUUUGGUAGACUACCUACAAAUAAUGAACAAAAUAAAUUAAAUAAAAGAAAUUUAGCUAAAAGAGAUAAUAGUGAUGGAUUUUUAUUCUCAGAAGGUAAUGAAGAUGUUGUAACUUAUGAUAACAAUCAAACAACAACGAACAAAGAAUAUGAUAGGGGUGCUGAUACAGAAUAUAGUGACUCAGAAGAAGACUAUGAACAGCCCCAACUUAAAAGAAGAUUGAUUGACACACCAGAUGAAUUGGGCCCAACGCAAGUUGGUGAAAAAGUAGAAUCAAUUUUUUAA